UUUGAGCAAGACAGAUAACUCUGGACCAAUUUUCGUUUUGAUGAUGAAAAAAUUGUUUCAACAUUUUCAAGCGUAAACGAUAUAUAAGAUAAUGCUUGACAGUUAAGGCACCAUGUGAAAUCUGAUUAAAAACACAUUGGAGCUACUAUUUGAAUGACACUAAUAUGGCUAUUUGUAUGACUUUAAGAGCAGCUGGAUCCAAAGUUCAUUUGUUGAUUAAAAAUAAUAGCAUUCCUUGGUAUAUCAAAAUGGCAGCUCCAACCAGUGUCAGAUUUCUCCAUGAAAAGGCAUAUGUAAAUGGAAAAUGGACAGAUGCUGCAAGUGGCAAAACAUUUGAUGUGGUUAAUCCUUCCAAUGGUAAGAAGAUUGGUGUUGUACCAGACAUGAAUGCUGCAGACACACAGAAUGCUAUACAAUAUGCUCAGACUGCUUUUGAAUCUUGGAAGGAAACAUCUGCCAAGGAAAGAAGUGUCAUAUUGAGAAAAUGGAGCGAGCUCUGUAUGCAGAAUAAAGAUGAACUGGCAAAGUUGCUAACACUUGAAAAUGGGAAACCUUUAGCUGAGGCUACAGGUGAAGUAAUGUACGGUACAUCCUUUAUGGAAUGGUUUGCUGAGGAAGCCAGGAGAGUGUAUGGUGAUAUUAUUCCAUCACCUGCUAAAUCAAAGAAGAUCCUUGUUUUUAAACAACCUAUUGGAGUAGCUGGUAUGAUUACACCUUGGAAUUUCCCUAAUGCCAUGAUAACCAGGAAAGCUUGUGCUGCUAUAGCUGCAGGUUGUAGUGUUGUACUCAAACCAGCUGAAGAUACACCAUAUUCUGCUUUGGCAUUAUGUGAGCUAGCUGAGAAGGCUGGCCUUCCUCCAGGAGUGUUGAAUAUAGUCACAUGCUCAAGAUCCAAUGCAGCAGAAGUGGGCAAGAUGUUAUGUGAAAAUCCAAUGGUUAAAAAGAUCUCCUUUACUGGUUCUACUGUUGUAGGCAAGAUAUUACUCCAGCAGUCUGCCUCUACAGUAAAGAAAGUUUCAAUGGAAUUAGGAGGAAAUGCCCCAUUCAUUGUGUUUGAUAGUGCUGAUCUUGACCAGGCAAUCAAUGGAACUAUGGUCUCUAAAUUUAGAUGUUCAGGACAGACCUGUGUAUGUGCCAAUAGAAUUCUAGUCCAAGAGGGUAUAUACCCAAAAUAUAUACAAAAGCUUGCAGAAGUGAUGUCCAGAGAUCUCAAACUUGGUGAUGGGUUUGAAUCGGGUACAACUCAAGGGCCAUUGAUAAAUUCUAAUGCAGUGGAAAAGGUUGAUGGACAUGUCCAAGAUGCAAUCCAGAAAGGGGCAAAAUUAGUGCUGGGUGGUCAGAAAAAGGGAGGGAACUUUUAUGCACCAACACUUCUCCAAGAUGUUACCUUAGAUAUGAAAUGUGCCAAAGAGGAAAUAUUUGGUCCCAUUGCUGCAGUACACAAGUUUAAAACAGAGGAAGAAGUUAUUAAAAUUGCAAAUGCAACAACCGCUGGCUUAGCAGGGUACUUCUUCUCACAGAAUAUCAGUCAGGUCUGGAGGAUGGCUGAGAAACUAGAGUAUGGACUUAUUGGGGUCAAUGAAGGCUUGUUUUCAAUGACAGAGGCUCCAUUUGGAGGCUGGAAGGAAUCAGGUCUUGGGUCAGAAGGCAGUAAAUAUGGACUGAAUGAAUAUUUAGAAAUCAAAUAUGUCUGUUUAGGAGGAAUGUAGAUUUCGUCAAUGAUUUCAAUGAAUAACUAGUAGAUUUUGUCAAUGAUUUCAAUGAAUAACUAGUAGAUUUUGUCAAGGAUUUCAAUGAAUAACUAGUAGAUUUUGUCAAGGAUUUCAAUGAAUAACUAGUAGAUUUUGUAUGUGUCUUACGGUAGACUGACACUGCUUAAAUUCAUGCCCCAAAAAACAUUCCUGACUAUAAAUACAGUGGAAUAAUUUGAAAUUGUUCUUUUUAUAUUUGACAACCUAUUUAUUUUGAGAUACUAUUUUAUAUGGAUUGUUAUUGAAAAAUCUUUUUUAGAUGAAUGAAUUAUAAAUUAAUAAACCAAAGAGUGAAAGAGAUAAAUUAAAAAUCAUUUUAUUUAUUUAGGUUUUCUAAAACAGCCAGUAUUUAGGUCCCUUUAGAAACCUACAGACUUAGUUAAUCAUGGUCAAAUCAUUUAGAAGCAAUUAUGUCAUGGAUAUAUCAUUGAAUUUCUAUCUCUUUUAUAAAGGUUGUUACAAAUGAUUUUUAAUAUAUAUUUCCUAUGUUACGGAUAUUGAUUGUUAAAGAUAAUAAAUUUGAUAAGCAGA